UACUUGCUCCACAGUCGCGUGCUAGACUCAGGACCCGGCAGAAGGUAUGGCUGAGCCGGCUAGUGAUUUCGUAAGUCCUGCCGGGUGGCGUGCGUCUCCCGAGCUGACUCCCACGUUAGGGCCCCAGAGCGACACUGCGCCGCGGCGGGACGGCUGGAUGCUGUGGACAAUGCCGCCACCGCUUACGUCUUCGUCUCCCGCAGCCGGGUCAAAGCCUUCCUCUGAGUCGCAGCCCCCCAUGGAGGCCCAGUCUCUCCCCGGGGCGCCGCCCCCCUUCGACGCCCAGAUUCUUCCCGGGGCGCAACCCCCUUUCGAUGCCCAGUCCCCCAUUGAUUCUCAGCCUCAACCCUAUGGCCAGCCUUCCUGGAAUUUCCACGCUUCCACAUCAUGGUAUUGGAGACAGUCUUGUGAUAGAUUUUCUCGUCAUCAGAAGUCCUUCAACCCCUCAGUUAAACAUUCUUAUCCACGAAAGUAUGAUGCAAAAUUCACAGACUUCAGCUUACCUCCCAGUAAAAAACAGAAAAAAAAGAAAAGGAAGGAACCAGUUUUUCACUUUUUUUGUGAUACUUGUGAUCGUGGUUUUAAAAAUCAAGAAAAGUAUGACAAACACAUGUCUGAACAUACAAAAGUAGGUUUUCUUAGUUGUCCUGAAAUUGAUACAGCAAAGUGGCCUUCUUCUAUCUGUGUAUUUGGUAGCAAUUCCAAGCUUUUAUUUUCUAGAAACUAUCCAACUCUGGCCAAUAUUGAAAGGAAGAAAAAGUUAAAACUUGAAAAGGAAAAGAGAGGAGCAGUAUUGACAACAACACAGUAUGGCAAGAUGAAGGGGAUGUCCAGACAUUCACAAAUGGCAAAGAUCAGAAGUCCUGGCAAGAAUCACAGAUGGAAAAACGACAAUGCUAGACAGAGAGCAGUCACUGGACCAGGCAGUCACUUGAGUGAGUUGAAGCCAGGAGGUCCACCUGAGGCAAAUGCAGAUCCUCUUGGUGUUUUGAUAAACAGUGAUUCUGAGUCUGAUAAGGAGGAGAAACCACAACGUUCUGUCAUACCCAAGGAAGUGACACCAGCCUUAUGCUCACUAAUGAGUAGCUAUGGCAAUCUUUCAGGGUCAGAGAGUGAGCCAGAAGAAACUCCCAUCAAGACUGAAGCAGAUGUUCUGGCAGAAAACCAGGUUCUUGACAGCAGUAGUCCUAAGAGUCCAAGUCAAGAUGUUAAAGCAACUAUUAGAAAUUUUUCAGAAGCCAAGAGUGAGAACCGAAAGAAAAGUUUUAAAAAGACAAAACCUAAGAGGAAAAAAGAUUAUCAAAACUAUCGAACAUUAUUUGAACCAAGAACACACCAUCCAUAUCUCUUGGAAAUGCUUCUAGCUCCAGAUAUUCGACAUGAAAGAAAUGUGAUUUUGCAGUGUGUUCGGUACAUCAUCAAAAAAGACUUUUUCGGACUGGAUACUAAUUCUGUGCAAAGUAAAGAUGCAUAGGUGUCUGAUGUGUCAGCACAUGUAUCUGAAGCAUGUGAAACGGUAUCAUCCUCGUUAGUAGAGGAAAACCAAAACCCUUUUUUCCCUUAAAACUGGAUUUGUAAUUAAAUUGUAAGCCUCAUAGGAUGUAUGUUGGAAUUUUAAGUCUUUCCUAUGGUUCUAUGCAAAUAAAUACAUAACUGAUUUUUAA